AUUAUUUUGUGGUGAUUGAAAUAAUAAAAAGGUAGGAUGCACCCACGAAAGAGAAAAGAAAGAAAAUUUAGACGACAUGUACUACAGCAUUAAACACGAAAUCACGAGCGCUGCAACUAUAUUGUCAAAACAAUUAACCACAAAAGCACAAUACAAAACAUUCAACAGACACAACACUCAAAAAAAAAAAUAAUUGGAGGUAAUAGGAAAACAAUUGAGUGUUGAGUGCAGGUUUGAAAAGAUUUGGAUCAGAAAUAUCUCUAAGUUCAGUUGGGAGAUUAUUUCGAAAUCUAGCAGCACAACAUUAAAACGAAAACUUCCGAUUCUCUAGCCUACCAUCGGCUAGAAAACCCAUUGUUUACGACGCGACGACGCCGACAGCCUACUACUAAAAUUGAGCAAUAUAUUUUACAGUACUUACAGUCAAAAAAGUGCAUGAGCGUUUUACAAGCACACUGGAAUAUCCAAUAUCCAAUUCGAAAUAUAAAGAUAUUCAUAAUAUCAACGGUAUACACACAUUUGGACAGAAUUUACAAAGGAAAGCCGUAAUCCAUUUAUCCAUCCCCAUGGAGAUAAAGACUGUUGUUGGCAAAACGAUCACGCAUCAAUGAUCACAGAUAAGUUCUAUGUAAAAGUUGCUAUAGUAAUGAAUGGAUCCGUCUGUUCAUUCAGAGCCGUUGAUACGAUUGCUUCUGCUUCUGCUGCUGUUGUUUUUGUCGUCGAACUGCAAAUUCAGACUUGAAGCUCAAUUUUAGAUUAUGUUUAUGUGCUGAUAUUAUAGUUCAUAAUGAGCUGUACACCAGUUGAAGUUACAUUUGCCGAUGAAGGAUGGGUAGUAAACAGUACAGAGAUUGUCCUUUCUUCUAUUUUUGGUAUCAUUGUUGGCAUUUUUAUUGCUCUUCUCUGUGUAAGAUGUUUCUUCAGGGAACUUGCCAAAGCCAGAGAUCAAAAAUCUUCAAAUGUUGUCAUGAUGGAAGGAUCAACCAACUACAAAUCAUCAGUCAUGCCAUCGUUAAGAAACCUAGAAAAUGACAAAAUGCCAGUGAUGAACAUUAAAGAUGAAAGUGACACCUCAUCACAGAAAACAAAAUCGAGAAUGGGAAACAGUAGUGACGAUGAAGAAGGUAGCAAUAAGAUGGAGAAUUUUGAUGCCGACUCGCUCAACCAGAAAAUAAAUGGAGAUGGUCUUAUUGUAGCCCUAGCCAAUACAGGAAGGUAAUUCAACCUAUUUUUUUAAGCACUAUAUAAAUUGAAUAUAUUGAGAUUUUAAAUCUCAGAGCAAAACAAAAUAUUAAUAAUAAUAAUUUUGAAUUUAUAUUCAUAUAGCAAUUAGGAAUUUAUUCAAAUCAUAGACAUUUAAGACAUUAAAUUUGUUAAACAGUAAUUUGAAACGGGAAUGAUACCCCUGCACAAAUUCGGAGAGCACGCUUUUGUAAUUCAAAGAGGCGAUCAAUGAAUGUGGUUGCCAAACUUAUCCAGGGGCACAGGGUUUCAAAUUUGACUAGAGUGUAACGGCCCAGCUAUGUUGAUGUAAGAAAGGUAAAGAAAAACUAAAGUAUUAUAUGAAGUUAGCAAUUUUGUAUAAUGAUUGAUUGAUUGAUUGAUUUAUUUAUUUAUUUUCCACAUAAUGAACAAAAACAAACAUAUACAUGAUCAAACAUAUUCAAAAAAUCUAUGUGGAUGGAGACCACA